AGUUGGCGUUACAGCAAACAUGUUAUGCAUGCACCGCGUCCCAUAGCAUUCCGCAUCACACCAGCUUGUGGCCGCCGCUGGAUCCGGUGCCAAAUCGUCGAGCCGCUGCUGGAUCCGCGGCGAAAUCUUCGGGGUGACGCUGGAUCCGCUCACCACAUCGGAUCCACCGCUGGAUCUGCUAACCACAGGGCCGCCUGAGCCGCCGCUCGGGUCGCUCGCGCCGCGGAGACGCCGCUCGGCUCGCUCACCGCCGCGGAGCCGCGGAGUCACGGGUUCGCCGCUGGACGCCUGGUGGAGCCGCUCACCACCGCAUAGCCGCCGCUUGAGCCAGCGCUCGAGGUAAGCAUCCGAGGCUUUACUCGGUGCUGCGUCCCAACAAAAUUAGCAUUUGGAGCUGCUACACUGGGGAGGUAGAAAAUUUUAACACCGACGCCAAAUGAAGAUGACGCGGUCCAUUUGGCUUUUGGCACGUUGUGGAGGUCCUAGGACUGCGUGGCAGACGCCGUUACGUAGUUCCGUCCCUCUUUUUUUGCGGGGCCCUAACUCAACUCAACUCAACUCCUCAUCAAUGGCGGAGCGCAUCGAGGAAGGGGGGGAAACCGCCGCCAAGCGAGCCAAGCUCUGCCCCACCGGCGCCGGCGUCGGCGAGGAGGGGGAGGGGGAGGACCGCCUGAGCGCGCUGCCCGACGACAUCCUCCUCCACAUCCUCAACAGCCUCGGCAACGCUGAAGCCGCCGCCCGGACCAGCGUGCUCUCCCGCCGCUGGCGCCGCCUCUGGGCGCUCCUCCCGGUGCUCCACUUCUUCUUCCGCGCCCGCCACGAUAAGGUGCCCGCCGCCCUCACCGCUCUCGACGCCGCCCACGCCGCUCUCGAUGCCGCCCACACCGACGGCGAGGCAACGCCGCCUCUCCGCAGGCUCGGCGUUAUCGUCUCGCGCUCCUCCGCGGAAUCCCUCCAGGCCUGGCUCCCCAUCGCGGCCCGCCGCCUCGCCGGCGACCUGACCUUAAUUGAGCUGAAUAAUGAGGAGGAAGGGGACGAGCCCCCCUGCGGCGGCGGCGCCUUUGAGCUGCCCUGCUUCGAGAAAGCCACCCAGAUCUGGCUCGACCUGGUUCGAGGGUUUCACAGCCUCGCCAUGCCGCCUUCCGGCGUGUUCGUCCGGCUCACCGAUUUCCACCUAGACGGCGCCCAGCUGCACGGUCCUUGCGCGCUCGGCGAAGCCGUCUCCUCGCCGCGGUGCCCGUCCCUGCAGAGACUCACCGUCAGCAGUGUCGGAGGCCUCGGCAAUCUUGCCAUCCACUCUGCGUCUCUCCUGGAAAUAGAGCUCAGUGGAUCUGAACUGCAGCAGCUGACUGUCGCCGCUCCGGCACUCGAAAAGUUAACUGUUUUACACUGCUUCGAUGGCGUGAGUGAGCCGGUUGCCGACAUCUCAGCCCCUCAACUGGCAUCACUCACGUGGAGAGAUGCUUAUGAUCCAAUGUCUGUCCAGUUUGGCGAGAUGAGCAAUCUGCAAUGGCUGGGCACCUCCUUUUUCCUUGUGUAUGGACACCCUGGCUUUGAACGCAAUCGUGACUCUGCGAGGCUGUUGCGGCACUUUGAGGCCGUCCACACUCUUUCUCUACUGCUGGCACAUAUGUGGAUGAGUAUCGAGGACAUGCAUGAUCCUGAUUACUUGAUGGAAGAGAUGACAAGGCUCCCUGACAUUAGAUUCUUGACCUUGAUUCUUUUGACAACUGGACAUUCUUUUGGAGCCAGCUCAUUCCAUGUUUUCAGGAUGUGUACUGGUAUAAAAAAGCUGAUGCUAACAUUUAAAAGUCGUAAGGAGUGUGAGGUGGCAACAGCGUGUGCAUCAGGUUGCAUUUGUGAUCAACCUACAAACUGGAAAACCGAGGACUGAACAAUCGUUCCACAAGAGCAAAAUCAUGUUUAGUUCCUGACAAAAAAAUUAUUUCAUGUUCAACUUGAUGUAAGUUGCACCAGUUGAUAUUGAGUAGUUCAAUUGUAGGUUAGAACUUCCUUUUUAACUCCAAAAAAAGAUGUAAACUAUUACUCCCUCCGUUCCGUAAUAUAAGGCGUCCACGCAUUUCGAGGUCCAACUUUGACCAUCAAUUAGACUAACAAAAUGUGAAUUAUGUGUUAUAAAAAUUAUACCACUAGAUUCAUAUCUGAAAGAAGUUUUGGACGGUAUAAUUUUUGUAAUAUAUAAUUCACAUUUUGUUGGUCUAACUGGUGGUCAAAACAAAAUCUUGAAAUGCGUGCGUGUCUUAUAUUAUGAAACGGAAGGAGUACAUGAUUUGAAUGGUUGCCAGGAUAUCAGAUUAUUUGAACAGCUAAA